AUGGCGGAGCCGGGUGCGGGCGGCGGCGGCGGGGGGUUCCUGAGCAGCGGGAGCGAGCGGCGGUGCCGGGCGCGGCUGGCGGCGGCGGGGCGGCGGGGGGCGGCGGCGGCGGCGGUGCUGGUGCCGCUGUGCUCGGUGCGCGGCCGCCCCGCGCUGCUCUUCACGCUGCGCUCCCGCCGCCUGGGCGGCCCCCACAGCGGCGACGUCAGCUUUCCCGGGGGGCGGCGGGACCCGGCGGACGGCGACGCGGUGGCCACGGCGCUGCGGGAGACGCGGGAGGAGCUGGGGCUGGUGCUGGGCGCCCCGAGCGUCUGGGGGCAGCUGCGGCCGCUGCCCGACCGGCAGGGACAGAUGGUGGCUCCCGUCGUGGCCAACCUGGGGCCCCUGGAGGACUUGACGCUGACCCCCAACCCCGACGAGGUGGAGGAGGUCUUCACCCUGCCCCUGGCUCACCUCCUGCGGGAGGAGAACCAGGGCUACACCCAUUUCCGCACCGCCGGCCGCUACGGCUACACCCUGCCCGUCUUCCUCAACGGCCCCCACAAGGUCUGGGGGCUGACGGCCAUCAUCACCGAGCUGACCCUGGAGCUGCUGGCACCCGAUCGCUACCGCAGGAAGACCCACGUUCCAGCCCGCAGACCCUCGGCCUGAUGCAGGAGGGGACGGGGUGGCCCCCGGGUGCCACGGUGGCGUUUUUGGGGAGGUGUGUACAGGUAGAGCUCUCCCCCUGCCUCGGUCGCGCGGCUUCUUUCGUCUGCCGGGCGCCCGUAGGUUGACCUCGCCGCACACACGGCGAGGGGGCUGCGGUGGGGAAACUGCACCGUCCCCCCCUUGGUGCCGCUGC